CUCGCCUUUCAUCGGCAACGCUCUUCUUUGAGCUCGCAGCAACAAUCCUUUUCCCAUCGAACGACACCGCAAACACAUAUCGCCGUGUGCAGCUUGAUUUGCUGCUCGAGCGAAAGCGCUUUUACGCCGCGCAUCUCAUCUAGUCUGCCCUACCCAACAUCCGGCUCUUGCUUGCCGAUCGACUUCUUCGCGACUAAGCCUUACAGCUCGCACCACCGACAACAUGGCCGACCUGGACACCUACGACGCUGACCAGCGCACCUACGAAGAUGAUCGAGAUUAUCCACCACGCGACCGCUCUCGCUCUCCAGAGCGUGACCGUGAUGGCGAUGUCCGCGUUCGCGACGAGCCAGCAAACGGCCGCGACGACCGCGGUCAUCAGGCGAGCAGAAACGGCGGCGGCGGCGGAGACGAUGAAUCCGUUAAUCCUGGCUCCAACCUCUUCGUGACAGGCAUUCAUCCGAAGUUGAGCGAGGAAGAAGUCUCUCGUCUCUUCGAGAAGUACGGACAAGUCGAGAAAUGCAACAUCAUGCGCGAUCCACACACCCGCGAGAGCCGCGGCUUUGGCUUCGUGAAGAUGGUCACUGCAGAAGAAGCGGACGCCGCAAAAGAAGCUCUUCAGGGCGAGAUCUACGAAGGCCGCACCUUGAGCAUCGAGAAGGCUCGUCGUGCUCGUCCACGCACUCCAACUCCCGGAAAAUACUUCGGACCACCAAAGCGAGAUGACCGUCGACCACCACGCGGUGGAGGUGGCUUCCGCGGCGGCGAUCGCUACUAUGAUGACCGUGGAUAUGGCCGGCGUGACGACUACCGCGGUGGCGGCGGAUAUCGUGACCGCUACGACGACCGUGGCUAUGGACGUCGUGAUGACUAUGCUUCUCGAGACCGCUACCGUGAUGACCGCUAUGGAGACCGCCGCGGCGGUGGCGGCUAUGGCGGUGCCGGUGGCUACGAUCGCCCACCACGUGGUCCACCUGCUGACGGUGCCGGUGCCGGUGCUUACGGAGACUCAAGCUCUACCCGUGAGCCUCCGCCAUCUCGCAGCUACGGAGACGAUCGCCGUCGCUACGACUAAACCACGAGCAGGCGCAGGUAUAGUGCUUGCGAUUGGGAACUAACGAACAGGCGUCACGGAGCAAAAUUUGCGGUCUUUACAGCAUGAAAGUCACUACUAGUCAGACUGCAUCCGAGGAGUUCCUGCUGGAGUCGUCGGCACAUCCAUGUAACACUACUACAACUUCCUUUCCCCCUGGUGCGACUUCUGAAUGUGUUAUUAGCGGCGGGCAUCAAAAAAAGGGCAUGUCGACGCUUUCCGGCAAGCAAUCAGUGAACCAAUCUGGUUCAUUCG